AUGGGGCUCCUGCUGGUCUUCCCCCUUAUUCAGUCCCAGAGUAGAACAGACCCCUCUCUCUGUAACAUAACUGCUGAGGUGCUAUUGAACUGCCUUCGCGACUGCCAGCCUUUGAGCUUGACCAAGGAGCCUGCUGACUGUCUGAAUGGAAUCGAAACUUUGCUGUGCUCUUGGCUAGAGGAGACUUCUGACACAGGCCGACACAUCCCACAUAAGCAAAAAGAAAAUGCUGCUGCUGCCCUGGUGGCUUUGGCAUGCGCCAGGGGGUCAUUGAAAACUUUUGUUCAUACAGUCCAUCUAUUACAGAAGCAGACAGAUCUAGGGUCCCUGCCUGUAGCCGAUGUGCUGUAUAGGCUGUUGCUUUUGGAAGGGGGACCUGGAUCCCCCUCCUGUUUGCUUGGUGGCAAACACAUAGUAUCAUGGGGGUAUGAAGACAUGUUGCCUGCACCAGAUAGCAACACUGGCUCCAGUUCUGAAAAUAAAGAUGCUGACUUGGGACGCUGUGUCACAGCAGAUGGUCUUUACCUGUAUACUACUAACUCAGUUGGAAGAGGAGUAAGCAAAUUGGGGUCUGGAUUACAUGGUACUCUCAGAGGUUUUGUGUACUGCCGGAAUGAGGAGCUGGAACCAGGAUGGAUUGCUUUUGGCAGUGGCAGUCUUCUCCACCGGCCUGUAACUUUUGACAAUAAACCUCACUCUCUUUUCCAGGUCAUUGACCAGAAUACGCUUCAGGUGUGCCAGAUGGUGCCAACGCCAGCCAAUCACCUCCCUGUGGGCAGCACUAUGAGCACCGUGCACCUUUCUUCAGAUGGUACUUACUUCUAUUGGAUCUGGUCUCCUGCCAGUCUGAAUGAGAAAACACCUAAGGGACAUUCUGUCUUCAUGGACAUUUUUGAACUUGUGGUUGAAAAUGGUGUAUUUGUAGCCAACCCGCUUCAGGAACGCACAAUUCUAAUGAGAAAAGAGGGUGAGUCUGCAAAAAGCAUUAAUGAGAUGCUUCUGAGCAGACUUUCACGCUACCGAGCCUCGCCAUCCGCAACGCUGGCUGCCCUUACCGGCUCCACCAUCUCCAACACCCUGAAAGAGGACCAGGCAGCGAAUACUAGCUGUGGCCUUCCUCUAAAAAUGCUUCGGAAGACGCCCAUUUACACCUGUGGUACAUACUUGGUGAUGCUGGUCCCACCUCCAGGGGGAUCAGGCAGCUCUGCUACCCGGUCUCUUUUUGGUGGAACAAGUGGUUUGUCGUCUUUAAAAAUCCUAGCUUCUAGCUUGGUGUAUAAUAUUUCGGAUGGUCAAUUCACAAGUCGUGCCGAUCUCAUAGAUGCUGCUGGAAGCUCAUUGGGGCGUGGUGCUCUUGUACCAGGAUUGGGUGCCUGUUACGAUACAGUGAACAACAUGCUAUGGACAUGCUCGAAUGACUAUAUCGAUCAAUGGUGUAAUCCUGGGAAUCAGGCCUUCCAUUAUGUCUGUCAGAGACUUGGAGUCAGCCAUAUCAUCACUGAGCCCAAAGAAGAGGCUAUAACCACGAAUGAGGUUAUAAACCAAUUAUUGCACCAUGUUGGUGCGAUGUGCAUACACCAACUCAAUCUUCUUGCUACCAACCCCAAUCUUCCAAUCACAAGUGUCUUGGGCAAGCAGCAUCCAAUUGAAGCACACCAUCUUAGCAGUAUUUGUGACAUUAUGGAGAAGGCCAUGGUUAAUGGAGACACCUGUAUCAUACGCUGCAUUCUCGUUGUCUUUCAGGUGGUGUUUAAAUUUUUCUUCAGCCCACAAACUGAAAGGAAUCGAGACAUCAUUCGACGGUCGGGGUUGCUUCUUUGGCAGUUGUUGAUGGCACCAAAAGAUCAAAUUUGCCCUGAAAUUCAGAAGGAAGUCUGCCUUGCCAUCAGCUCUGGUUUAAAUAUCUUGUACCCAGGUGAAACUGAAAUCAAUAACUUACUUAAGCUGGUCUUAACAGAAGGAGAGAGAAAUAGCGGCCUCUCCCAGCUGCGGGAUGUGAUCCUAACCAAUUUAGCUGAACAGCUUCAAAACAACCGAUUUGGCAGUGAGGAGGAUGAUCAUUACAGACUAAAUGACGAACUUUUACACUACAUUCUGAAGAUUGUUGUACGAGAAUCCUGUAUCUUAAUCACCAAGUGCCAAACUGUCUCUAAAGAUGAUUUUCAAAAACUCCUUUCAACUGUGCCUGCUGCAUCCUCCUGCCUGCGCUAUCUGAUGGCAGUUCAGAACCACCUUCUCAGUAACACUGUUUUGAUUAAACCUGAUGAGAAUGAUGACAGUGACAACUCCUUGCAGGGAGAGACAUUGAAGGUACAGGAGCUAAAGGUCAGUAUUUUGGCUCUUGCCACCCAAAUCCUGACUGGAUGUGAUGAAGUGUUGGAAAUGCUACAGCAGGUCACAACUGCCCUCAUAAAUAGUGACAUAGCUGACCGGGAGCAGAGGUUAAAAGGCUUGGAACAAGUUACUAAGGCUACUAUGCUCGGUCACCUUCUUCCUGUGUUACUGACCUCCCUGAUGCAUCCAAAUUUACAGACUCUGACCAUGGCCGAUGCCCUGAUGCCUCAGCUAGUGCAGCUGGUACUUUAUACCAGUCAGACGGCUUUGCUGCUCAAAACCCAGUGUCCGGUUUUUGCUGAGGUGGGCUGUUCCCCAUGUGGUGCAUCAGACCAGAAGGGCAGGCUGUUCCCUGAUGAGAGAAUGCUGGAAGAGAAGGAAGAGCCAGGGUUUCUCACUGGUUUAAAGAUUCCUGCUCCAUGGGCUGCUGGGAAGACUGUGGAAACAGUCCAUCCUGUCAGAGACAACUAUAAGUUUAAAGAAACUGUCCAUAUCCCCGGAGCUCGCUGCCUAUACCUUAGAUUUGAUAGCAGAUGCUCUUCACAAUAUGACUAUGACAAAUUGGUGAUAUACGCGGGGCCUAACACAAACAGUAGGAAGGUUGCUGAGUAUGGAGGCAACACACUGGGAUAUGGCAGCCGUAGUGUCUUAGGAACUGGUUGGCCGAAAGACUUGGUGAAGUGCAUUUUCCCCCUAAAUUUUAAGGUGGAAGGAGAUACAGUCACCUUCUCCUUUGAAAUGAGAAGUGGCCGUGAACACAACACUCCCGAUAAAGCUAUGUGGGGCUUUGCUUGCACAGUUCGCGCUCAGGAGUCUUCAGAGGAUGUGUCGGGAGGCUUACCUUUUCUGGUAGACCUGGCUUUAGGUCUGUCUGUGUUAGCUUGUUCUAUGUUAAGAAUCCUAUACAACGGACCAGAAAUUACCAAAGAAGAAGAAGCCUGUCAGGAGCUGCUGCGGUCCAAACUUUUACAAAGGUGCCAGUGGCAGGUGGAGGCCAAUGGUGUGAUCUCCCCUGCCCUUACUCCAAGCCCGUCUCCACUGCCUCUGACCAUCGAGGAAGACAGAGAAUUCACUUACCCCUCUGACGUCCUAGUGCCUCCUGUUGGAAACUACUUUGACCUGCCCCGGAUCAGGCUGCCUCCAGGAAUCAUGAUAAAGCUCAGGGAAAUUUCUGGGCGUGCCAGACCUCAAUUUAGACCAAGUAUAAAAGAAGUAAUCCAGCCAGACGUGAUGGAGGAAAUGGUGGUAUCAUGUGUCAUUAAGCACUUGAACUUGGUUGAUGCACUGCAGUCCCUAAUAAAUUUCCAGUAUCAAGAAGAACAUGCUGAGGAAUAUGAUUUAUUGUGUAAAAUCAUGGGAGAGACAUUUAAGAAACUCAAUGCCAUGGAGAGACAGCUGCAGAGUGUUGCAGAAUUGGAACAGAAAUGGCAAAGUGAGGUUGAUGAUGCCACGCAGGGGAAACUGGAGAACAACAUGCCUUUCUUCUAUGAUUACCAUUUUAAUGAGAACAAAAUGAAAGAACUAGAACUUUUGUGUUCAAUGAAGGAAGUCUCCUUUGAUGGAAAUGAUCUUGAAAACAUGGUCCUAUCUCUGAGGGAGAAGUUCCUACAAGAAGUGAAUUCUCUUAUUCAGAAACCCCCGCACCCACUGGCUAAAACGAAGACGUUAGUGAAGAGUCUAAUGAACCGAGCUGAGCUGUUGCUGCACGUCACCAUUGCGGCCCAGUCCGGCCUCACAAGAAGCAUCUCAGGGACCCCCGCAGAAACACCGGCUUGUAAAUCAGCCUCUGAAACAAAGGUGAUAUCUCAUGCUGUGCGGCAGCCUGUUUUUCUUCGCAGCAUGUCGGCUCCUUCUGACCUGGAAAUGAUUGGUAACGAAGAUUUGGAAUUUACUAGAGCAAAUCAGAGGCGGCGCCACGUGACCAGCCAUCGCAGCAGCUCCUUCACGCUCCUGCAGUCAUUGGCCAUCGAGGACAGUAGGGACAAACCCACCUACAGCGUCCUGCUGGGGCAGCUGUUUGCUUUCAUCGGCACCAACCCUGACCAAGCUGUGUCCAGCAGCAGCUUUCUUUUGGCUGCGCAGACAAGGUGGCGGCGGGGAAACACUCGCAAGCAGGCGCUGGUGCAUAUGCGGGAAUUGCUGACGGCUGCUGUGCGAGUCGGGGGAGUGACACAUCUUGUGGGUCCGGUGACGAUGGUCCUUCAGGGAGGACCCAGAAUUGAAGAACUAACCUGUGGUGGGAUGGUCGAGCAGGUCCAGGAAGCCUUUGGCGAGACCAUGACUUCUGUUGUGUCUUUGUGCGCCCGUUACCCUAUUGCUUGUGCGAAUAGCAUCGGACUCUUAUGUACUAUACCUUACACCAGGAGUGAAGAGAAGUGCCUGGUGCGCAGUGGCCUUGUUCAGCUCAUGGAUCGACUGUGUAGCUUGAGCAGUCAGACUGAGUCCAGCUCCAGUGAGAAACAAACCAAGAAGCAGAAGGUGGCCACCAUGGCCUGGGCAGCCUUCCAGGUGCUUGCCAACCGCUGUGUUGAAUGGGAAAAAGAGGAAGGCGGCUCCACAGACGCUGUGCACUCAGGCCUGGCCCGUCAGGUGUCCAGCCUUCUCACUAACCACCUCGCCCGAGCGACAGAGAGCUGCGGCAACCAGGCUGCCGGGAAUGAUGCCCUCCAGGACGUCCUGAGUCUUCUCAAUGACCUCUCGAGGAGUCACAUAGGUAAAGCCAUCCUGAGCCAGCCAGCUUGUGUGUCCAAACUCCUCUCCCUGCUGCUUGACCAACGCCCAUCCCCAAAGCUGGUUCUUAUCAUUCUUCAGCUGUGCCGGGCGGCACUCCCGCUGAUGAGCGUAGAAGACUGUGGGAAUGUGGAGCUCCCACCCUGGAGCUACUCUGUCCCCUCCCUAAACAGUGAGCAAGAGGAUCCCAGCGACCCAGCGUCCAAGAUCGCCUCGUUGCUCUUAGCAAAGCUAGCAGAUUACGUGGUCCCAGGGUGUCAGACAGUCCUUUCUCCAACUGCUUCUGAACCUGACACCACGUUGACAAAAAUCAGCCCCAAGAGUUCCUUAAAAGGAGAUAAAGACCCUGGAGAAGAGAGUGAAGCAGUGGAUGGCAAGCUCUCUAUCUUUAUCCACAAGCGGGAAGACCAGUCAUCCCAUGAAGUUCUCCAGCCAUUACUAAGUAGCUCAGAAGGACGGCCCUUCCGACUUGGUACUGGUGCCAACAUGGAGAAAGUCGUGAAAAUGGACCGAGACAUGACAAAGGGUGGCUGCUGUGAGGUGAUUACAGAAGAGGCGGCAGCUGCUCUGCGAAAAGCAACCAAGUGGGCACAGUCAGGCCUCAUCGUCAGCGUCGGGCCACCCGUGGAAUCGCUCAACCCAGAGACUGUGAGUGGACUGUCCACAGGGGACAAGAAGAAAACCGCCCAAACUUCCAUUUGCCGAGAGAGGAACUCUGAACUUGCCAGGACCGACCCUGUCCGACCUUUCAUCAGUGGGCAUGUGGCAAACAGCAUGGCUGCAGAAGUGAUCGCCUUGCUUCACAGCUUGCUGAUGGCGCCUGAGUCAAAUGCUGCUCAGAUAUGGACCACGACAGCAGAGAAGGUUCUGUCUCGUGCGCUGAUGUACAUUCCACAAUUGGGGAAAUAUGCAGAAAGCAUUCUGGAAAAUGGCAGCAGUAGUGGCAGAAAACUCGCCAAACUUCAGAGAAUCGCCCGCCAGGCUGUCGCUGCACUGUGUGCACUUGGAGGCUUCAAAGAGACAAUCAAGAUAGGGUCUGAGGUUCAGGUUUUAGGUAGAGGAAUAUCAGGAAGCAUCGGAGUAGUGGCUUCUAUCAAUGAACAGGAAGGUAUAGCUACAGUCAAAUUCCCACCCAUAGACUGUAGAAAGACGUCGCAAGCAUCAGACACACUGACUAUUCCAUUGUCUAGACUUUGUGUUCCAAGAUCAGAGGCAUUGCCUCUUCAUAAACUGUCCAUUACUGAGAAGGUAGUACAGGCAGUCCAGUCCAUGUUGCUUCCUCAGGAGGGAAGUCUCUCUAUUCAUACCUCACUUCCUGCAACAGGAGAUGGGUCAGCUCCUGUGAUGGCAGUCGUUCGGCUCCUGGCUGAAAUAAGAACAAGAGCAUGCCUGGUCAUGGCCCAGCUUUUAGAAGACAGCUUAUUUUGUGAAGAAUUCAUACAGCAGUGUCCAGCAGCUGUUGAAGUUCUCAACCUAGUAGCCCAGGAAUGCAGUGCUGGAGAGCGACUGGCAGUUGUGGAAAUGCAGUGUGAACGGCUGAGGAUGCUCUACCGGGACUGUGCUCGGCCCCCGCCACCUCCACUUCAGGCUGACCGGAGACAGCCCAAAGAGAUUACGUGGAGCCCCUCAAGAGUAUUUCCACCUGUCCGAGCCUGCAUGUUCUCAUCGCACCUCACUUCUGUCACCUUCCUUGCUGACCCCAGCGCUGGGGGCGGUCUGCCCCGGGGCACAUUUAUCUAUGCCACCUCACCACUGCCCAUUCAGGCCCCAUCUUUCUACUGGGAAAUUGAAAUUGUUUCCUAUGGAGAUAGUGAUGAUGACACUGGACCAAUAGUUUCCUUUGGCUUUGCUACAGAAGCAGAGAAAAGAGACGGUGCUUGGACUAAUCCAGUGGGCACUUGUCUUUUCCAUAACAAUGGCCGAGCCGUGCACUACAACGGCUCCAGUUUAUUACAGUGGAAGAGCGUUCGCUUAGAUGUGACUCUCUCUCCUGGUGACAUGGCAGGAAUUGGCUGGGAGAGAACCGAGGGAACGCCUCCUCCUCCAGGGCAGCCAGCCAAAGGCCGAGUGUACUUCACAUACUGCGGGCAGCGCCUCUCACCGUAUCUUGAAGAUGUCUCGGGUGGGAUGUGGCCUGUGGUUCACAUUCAGAAAAAGAACACCAAGACGCGAGCUAACUUUGGCUCCCGCCCAUUUGCCUAUGCUGAAGGGCAGGCCCACCGCAACGCUGCCGACCUGUGCACCGACCUGGCAGAGGAGAUCAGCGCUAACUUCGAGGCCCUGCCCUUUGCCAUGGCAUCUGACAGUGACAAUGAUGCUGGCACCAGUAUUGCGUCAGACCCGGGCACUCACGGGCCACCGUGCCGGAUUGCUGCCGUGGCCACUGCUCAGCAACAGUAUGAUAGUGACACUUCCUGUCAUUAUAAAGUAGAGCUCAGCUAUGAGAAUUUCAUCACCUCUGGCCCAGACCCCCAUCCGCCCCCCAUUGCAGAUGACGAAAGUGAUGACGAUGAUGACGAUGACAUCCCACAGGAGGACCACUACGCUCUGCUGGUGAAAGCAUGGGAGACCAAGGUUUUUCCUACUAUCCGAAGACGCUUCCGCAAUGAAGCAGAGCGGAAAUCGGGCCUGGACCAGAUAAAGGGUGCUUUACAACUAGGCAUGGUGGAUAUCGCCCGGCAGACGGUUGAAUUCCUCUACGAGGAGAAUGGUGGCAUCCCAAGAGACCUUUAUCUUCCCACCAUUGAAGACAUUAAGGACGAAGCAAACAAGUUCACAAUUGAUAAAGUUCGAAAAGGUCUCACGGUAGUAACCCGCUCUCCAGACAGCAAUAACGUAGCCAGCAGUACUGUUGGAACUGCCCUGCCAAAAUUUGCCAUCCGAGGGAUGCUGAAAACCUUUGGGCUUCAUGGAGUUGUCUUAGAUGUUGAUUCAGUAAAUGAAUUGGUGCAGGUAGAAACGUACCUCCGAAGCGAAGGUGUGCUGGUCCGAUACUGGUAUCCUAUUGAUAUGUUGGAAAGGCCCCCAGCAGGCUACCGAAGGACUGCCACCAAUGGGCUGGUCACCCUGGACAAUACCAACCUUCAAAUUCACAGGGAGCUGCUGCGCUGCGAGGCCGCACUGGCCAGGCUGUACUGCCGCAUGGCCCUGCUCAACAUCUUCGCCCCCAGGCUGCCUCACCUGUUCACCCGCCUCUUCCACAUCCCUGCCAUCCGGGACAUUACCCUGGAGCACCUGCAGCUGCUGUCCAAUCAGCUUCUCGCUCCUCCCCUCCCAGAUGGCACCAUCAGCUCCAGCUCCAUCCUCCUGGCACAGUCCCUGCAGCACUGCAUCCAUUCCCAGAAUUGCUCGGCCACGGACCUCUUCUACCAGGGCAGCUCCCAGACAGUGAGAGAGUGGCUCAACGUGGCCAUCACUCGGACACUGCACCAGGGUGAGGAGAGCCUGUUGGAGCUGACGAAACAGAUCUGCUCUUUCCUGCAGACGGCACCAGAGCAGUUCCCCUCUGAAGAGUUUCCAAUUUCCGAGUCCAAGGUCAACAUGGACGUCAAUUUCCCCGGGGCGGCUUUUGUCGUAGUAUCUUGCAAAGAAAGUCAGUCUGGAUUCCGCAAAGACUCCUCUCUGUACAAGGCGCCGUGGGCGCGGGUGCUUGUGUACGGGCUGGGCCACAAAGUGAAGCGAAAUGGCCAGCUAAACCUCAUCGAGGCCAUCUGUUACCCGCGGGAUGCGUCUCCGGCCAACACGGGGCUCACGCCACCUCCCACCACCAACCAGUACCCUUCUGUGAUCCUCUCCACAGACAAAGUCCACAUCAAACUGGGGGUGUCUCCCCCUCCCGGAGCUGUGCUGGCGUUACACUCUCUGCCCCUUGAGUUCCCACUGGCGAUGGCCUUCGCAGAGCAGCUGCUGUCCUGGAAGUCGGAGGAUGGCGAAGGGAGAUCUGAAGAUGAGCCUGACACCAUCCCGACGUCCGUCCUCCUGCAAGUGGUGGAACUGCUCGGAAACUUCCUGUGGACCACAGACAUGGCGGCCUGCGUGAAAGAGCUGGUUUUCCACCUCCUGGCAGAGCUCCUACGCACAGUGCACAGCCUGGAGCAGAGGAAGCACCCUGCCGGCCUGUCCUCGUCCAUCGCCCUCCAGCUGAACCCCUGCCUGGCCAUGCUGAUGGCCCUGCAGUCAGAGCUCCACAAGCUGUACGACGAGGAGACGCAGAGCUGGGUCUCGGGCAGCACGUGCGGUGGCUCGGGGACUGUGGCGGCCACCGACCAGGGCAGGUUCUCUACGUAUUUCCACGCGCUCAUGGAAGGGUGCCUGGCAGUGGCCGAGGUGACCCUGCCUACCAACAUGAGCGUCACUGCCAGCGGGGUGACGUCGGCGACUGCCCCAAACCUCAGCGACUCGUCGUCCUCCUCGUCGUCCUCCCCAGGACAGACGCCGCAGAGCCCCAGCCUCCUGUCCAAGAGGAAGAAAGUCAAGAUGAAGCGGGAAAAGGCCUCCUCCUCCGGGAAGCGCCAGUCCUCGCGCUCAGUGGACUCGGACCCUGCCGUGCUGAGCAUCGGGGGUGGCAAGCCCGAAGACAUGCUGUGGUUCCAUCGCGCCCUGACCUUGCUCAUCAUCCUCCGGCACCUCACCAGGAAGGACCCGCAGGGGCUGGGUGUGACGAGCGACGCCGUCGCCGAUGCCUGCCAGGCCCUGGUGGGUCCCACCGCCCAUAGCCGCUUGCUGGUGAUCUCUGGGAUCCCCACCCACCUGGACGAGGGCAUCGUCAGAGGCGCCAUCCGUAAGGCCUGCAACGCCCACGGCGGGGUCUUCAAAGACGAGAUCUACAUCCCCCUGCAGGACGAAGACCCCAAGAAGCCAAAAGACAAGGCCGAGGGCGGUGAUGGGAAAGCCGAGCCAGAGAAGACCCUUGGCUUCCCCAGCACAGACAGCUUGGAGGUCAGCACGUCCCGCAGCCCAACCCCCGCCAUGAGCAUCAGCGCAUCUGCGUCCACCAGUCAAGCCUCCAUCUGCAGCUCCCAGGGCAUCUUGCAGACGGUCAGCGACGUCUCCGCGGAACCGCUGCCCUCGGGCCUAGAGCUGCCCAUCCCUGCGGGCUUAUUGGAGCCCCACGUAGUGUCCAGCCAGGAGAGCCUGGACGUUUCCCUAUGCAGCACCAGCAGCCUGGGCAGCCUCGGGAGCCUGGGGGAGCCACUGGACAACGCAGAAACGGCCUCAGUGUCAGACAUGGGCUCCAUGUACACAGUCACGUCCCUGGACAACCAGCCCCUCACAGCACGCCCCAUCAAAGGCUUUGCGGUCGUGGAGAUCAGAUCCCGAGCCAAAAUCGAGAAAAUCCGAGCGAGUUUAUUUAACAAUAAUGACUUGAUUGGUUUGUCAAGUUUGGAUGGUGAAGAUGAAUUGAUGGAAAUGUCAACGGAAGAGAUCCUCACUGUGUCUGUAGUAAAUCAGAGUUUGUUUGAUACGCAGGGGAGCCCAGGGUUAGAAGAUUAUUUCAAUGAUAAGUCAAUUAAAGGUGAGAAGCUGGUGCCCGGGGCCAGAGAGGUGCUGACGGAGAUAUUUAAGAGCUGCGCCCACUCAGAGCAGAUGCUGAGCCUGACACCAGCAAAGCCCAUCAAAGUGUCUGACAUUUAUCUCAGCAAAGAGCAGAUCAACUCCCAGACGCCAGGCAACCUCCUCCACCUCUUCUUCACCAAUGUUCGGCCCCCCAAAAAGGUGCUGGAGGACCAGCUCACUCAGGUAGCCCCCCCAUCCCUGCCACACCCAUCCAGGAAGUAUGGCGUGCCAAAACCCAAGUUCGACAAGAGCAAGUACAGCAAGGCGGGGAAGGAACAGCACCCCGGGAAGGUGGUGAGCACCAAGCGGCCCAUCACUAAGCCACCCACCAAGGACAAGGCCGUGCUCAACAGCGUCAGCAGGACUGCCUUGAGCGAGAAGAAGCCCGCUGUGAAGCCGAAGUCACCGGAAAAGAGCAAGCCGGACGAAAAGGACCCAGAAAAAUCACCCACCAAAAAACAAGAAGUCCCUGAGGAAAAGUACCUGACAUUGGAAGGAUUUCACAAGUUUGUUAUUGACCGAGCCAAGCAAGACAUCCGUAGUGUCUGGAGGGCGAUUUUAUCCUGUGGGUACGAUCUUCAUUUUGAGAGGUGUGCCUGCAUCGACGUCCGGCACGCACACAAGGCCUCCAGGAAGUGGACCCUGGAGAUGGACGUGGCCCUCGUGCAGUACAUCAACCGGCUGUGCCGCCACCUGGCCAUCACACCCGCGCGGCUGCAUCCCCAUGAGGUGUAUCUGGACCCCACAGACGCCGCCGACCCCAGAGUGGCCUGUCUCUUGAAUGUGCCCAUCGAGAGCCUGCGCCUGCGCUUCGCCCUGCUGCAGUCCCUGAACACCACGCUUGAGACCUUCUUCCUGCCACUCGUGGAGCUGCGCCAGACGCCCAUGUACACGCACAGCAUCGCGGCCCUGCUGAAGGAGGCCAAAGGGCUGAUCUUUUAUGACACGAAGGUGACCGUCAUGAAUCGGGUGCUGAACGCCACAGUGCAGAGGACAGCUGACCACGCGGCACCGGAGAUUACUCUGGACCCACUGGAGAUCGUGGGAGGGGAGAUCAGAGCCUCUGAAAACUCCUACUUCUGCCAGGCAGCCAGGCAGCUGGCCUCGGUGCCAUCCUCCCAGCUUUGCGUCAGACUGGCAAGUGGCGGUGACCCCACCUAUGCCUUCAACAUCCGCUUCACUGGGGAGGAGGUCCACGGCACCAGUGGCUCCUUCCGCCACUUCCUGUGGCAGGUGUGUAAAGAGCUGCAGAGCUCCUCGCUCUCCCUUCUCCUGCUGUGCCCCAGCUCAGCCGUCAACAAGAACAAGGGCAAGUACAUCCUGACCCCAAGCCCCAUCACCUACGGGGAGGAGCAGCUGCUGCACUUCCUGGGCCAGUUGCUGGGAAUUGCGAUUCGAGCAGAUGUCCCUCUUCCCCUGGACCUCCUGCCCUCCUUCUGGAAGACGCUGGUGGGCGAGCCCCUGGACCCUGACCAAGACCUGCAGGAAGCCGACAUACUCACCUACAAUUAUGUCAAGAAAUUCGAGAGUAUCAACGACGAGAGCGAGCUGGAGGCCCUGUGCGCCGAGAUUGCCUCCCAGCACCUGGCCAUCGAGAGCCCCGACGGGCCCAGUAAGCCCUGCUGCCGGUUCACCUACCUGACCAUGGCGGGCGAGGAGGUGGAGCUGUGCAGCCACGGCCGGCACAUCCCUGUGGCGUGGGAGAACAAGGACAUCUACGCAGCAGCCAUCCGGAGCCUGCGGCUGCGGGAGCUGCAGAACAUCGAGUGUGUGACAGCCGUGCGCGCGGGCCUGGGCGCCAUCAUCCCCCUGCAGCUGCUCACCACGCUCAGCCCGCUGGAGAUGGAGCUGCGGACGUGCGGCCUCCCUUACAUCAACCUCGAGUUCCUGAAGGCCCACACCAUGUACCAGGUGGGCCUGAUGGAGACGGACCAGCACAUCGAGUUCUUCUGGGGGGCACUGGAGAUGUUUGCCCAGGAGGAGCUGUGCAAGUUCAUCAAGUUUGCCUGCAACCAAGAGCGCAUCCCGUUCACCUGCCCCUGCAAAGACGGGGGCCCCGACACAGCCCAUGUGCCCCCAUACCCCAUGAAGAUCGCCCCCCCGGAUGGCACAGCAGGUUCCCCAGACUCUCGCUACAUCCGAGUGGAGACCUGCAUGUUCAUGAUCAAGCUUCCCCAGUACUCCUCUCUGGAAAUCAUGCUGGAGAAACUUCGUUGUGCCAUUCACUAUCGCGAAGACCCCCUGAGUGGCUGA